CCGCAACUCUCCGUGCUUUGAAUUUUUUCAAAAAUUAUAUUUGCUGCCUGAAAUCCCUUUACCUGUAAUAUGAAACAUGACUUUUUCUCAUGCUUCAAAUUAUAGCUAAAAGCUAUAAUCGGAUUACAGCCUAAAAUCUGAUUACAGGCAGAUAUACCCAUCCAAAUACCCCCUGUAAUCUGAUUACCCGUAAACAGAUUCCUACUUAAGGAUUUUGCAGGCAUCCAAACGACCCCUUAGGAUUGUCUAAUGGAUGAGAUUUUUUUCUUAGGCAUGGUCUAUCCAUGGGGUAAUGCAAAAAGGCAAGUGACCAGGAGUAACCGAACCAUGGGCCCCACUUUUCUGAACUGAAAACUCAAAUAUACUGUAGGAAGACCUUUUUGAUAAUUAAAAGAGAUGUUCAUGAAUUAACAAAGAAAUUCAAGAAUACCUAACUUUACAAAUGUGGUAUUUUUAAUUCUUAAUUUUUAUUUUUGAGUGAUAACUGAUUUUUGUGCUUGUAUUGGAUGAACCCUUAGUGUGGGAUUGGAAAUCUCAACCAUUAUGUAAUGAUUACUUCCUAGGGCACUGCACAAAUUUGGAUUCCACUUUUAGGGAUAUUGUUUGGAUAGCUAGUGAAAAUCUGGUAUUCCUCCCAACAAUGUAUCUUGUGCUUGAGAAUUCAAACUGUGGAAAAGGCUAAUGAUUGCCUGGUGGAACCGACUAUUUUCUUUGCUAUCCAAACAACACAAAAGGUCAAUGGAAAACCUUUUCCAUUUCCAUGGUUUUCCUCCUAUCCAAACAUGCCUUAAAGACCAAAGCUGCGACUCAAGGAAAAAGGCUGAUGAUGAGGUGUCCUCAAGACCCGAACAUGGGGGCAUCCUCCAUCCAAAUUUCCCUAUUUGAUCAUGAUUACACCCAACAAUGACCUUUAAUCCCAAGAUCCAAGUAGCAGAUAUUAAAGUCUUUUUAGCAUCUGAUAUAUCCUCAUGGCAUAUAUCCCUCCACACAAGAGGCAUUCAAAGGACACGGAGAAGCCAACACCCACUCCCUCUUUGCUCAUUCCUAAAUUCCAGAAAAAAUUAAAUAUAGGGCCAAAGUCUAAUUUGCAAAGAAGGAAAGACCAGGAUGCUUUGCAAGGUGGAAAGAUCAUUUAUGGAAAGUACUCUAUUUCUAGGUGGUGGGCAGUUGGUUUGAUGGAUGAUGGUCAUUUGCCCCCUUCGGUUCGGCUGGAGCCCAUUUCUUGUGACCCUGUCGAGAAAAAAUGGGGUGAAAAACCACUGGCUUUAGUGCGGGAACUUCCAUCAAGAGAUGUGAACAAUAUUGCACAAAGCUUUGAAAAGAGCCCUUGCGUGUAUAUUACUGAGAAGAUACAAUUAGACCUGCACAAUUCUUUCCAAAACGUGAGGAACGAGAUGGAAUUCGAAAAGUCUGAAGAAGUGAAGCCUUCCUUUGUAGCGCGGUUUGGCAAAAUUUUCUUUCAUGGGAGCCCUUCUAUCAGCCUAGAUACCAUUUUGAAGAGUUCAGCUGCUGAAACCACUUCCAGGAAUCAAGUCAAGAAAUCAUUUUACACAAAUGUUCCUAGUGCAUAUAUGGAAGCUGUUCAAUGUUUGGUUGUCCCAAAGAUAGGAGUUGAUUUUGAAUCAGAAAAAGAACAUUACCAUGUGAAGGUGUAUGACAAAUCCCUACCAGAUGCAACUAUUUCAUGCAAAUGUUCUAUUGGAAAACAUGGAAAACUUGAAUGUCACAAGGCUGAAUUAAACCAAGUACGGCACUUGGUAGCUGACAUAUCUUGCCUUGACAAGGAUCUUGACUUGAGGUUGAUGCUGUCCACCAAGAGGAUUUUAACAGCACUGACCGAUGAGGAUGAAGAAAGCAUAAGAGAACUAAUAAAGUCUGCAAUUGUAGAUCCAGAUGUGAAGGGAGGGCUGAGAUGGCCUUUGGGGAAGGAGUCCUUUGGAGAUCGGUUCUGUGUUGUUGGUGUUUGGCACACCAAAUAUAAAGCUUUUAGAAGUCCAAUGUUGAGGCUGAAGCUAAGAGAUGCAGAUCGAUUUGAUUUCCGGACGUCAGCAGGGGAAGUUGGGAAAGAAGUGACUCUCAAGAUGACAGGAAUAGUCAAGCAGUUGAUGGAUGGGAUGGUGGAGACUGGGUUCCUCAAUGAGUCACUCCAUGAAACGUUGAAAAUGAUUUGGGACAACUUCUUAGACUGUGACUAUUCAGUUGCCUGAAUCCCACACUGUAAGUCUUACCCUUCUCUUUUCAUUGUGGAUAAUAUGUAAUGGAACUUUGUGAUGUCCUUAGCCAUUGUUUGGGUUUAUCCUCAUCUCGACAUUUUACUUCGUUCUGAACUAGCUGAGCAUUGGGGUGGCACACAAAAUGAAACACGAGUGAGCGUGUUAUGACCGUUCGACUCUUCAGCUCCCCAAACUGCAAUUUCGUUCACUUCCAAAUACUAGUUAGAACGAACAGAAGACCAAUCUGGAGGCAUGCUUCCUUUUGUAGCCUGAAGUAGUGUUCAUAAUAUGAGAAUUAUUUGCAUACUUGUGUAUAA